UAGCAGAGGAAAAAAACCCUGUCAAACAGAACCAGGCAUAGAACUCGGCGCAGUUUUGUUCUAAAAAUAAACAUUUUUCUUUCAAAACUGGGCCCAGUCGUGCUGCGUGGUUGUGCUUUUCUUUGUGAAGUUACUUUAGCUAGGUAAAACAAUUAAUUUGUCUGAACAAAUACGCUGGUUUCUAGUGUAUCCGGCAUUUCCGUCCGGCUGGCCACGGACGGUUUAGAAGCGAAGGCCCCGUCCGAACCUCGGUGAUGUGGAAUAUAGCGCCUCGAUCCAGCAACGCUUGUCGAUGCCCGCUCGCCAACAUCGGAUGAUUAUGUACCCGUAGUAGUCGUCCGUGCACGGAACCAACGCACAUUAGCAACUCCGCCCCCAACCCCGGGGGGGAACCUAGCAACGGAGUGAAGACGAAGGAAUAACAAUGGGAAAUCCAAGCCUAACGUACGAGAUUUUACUCUAUCUCAAUUCGUUCUACUUCGGAAUGUUUGCUACCUGCGAGCUCGGGAUGCUCACUCUGAAGGCAGUCAAUUUAAAGUAUCCGGAUCAUAUUCUGCUGCGAGAGGCGUGCAUCCUGGUAGCGCUGUGUUUGGUGGAAACGAUCCGAAUCAUCCUGGGUAGGAGAGGUAGUCUUAGCGACCACGGUUGGCACGUUAUCCUGUCCGUAUUUCUGACCAUCCCGUGUGGUAUGGGCGUAGGGUAUCUUCUCUUCUACCAGCUGCAUCGGCUACGCCUGGAGUACAUUCUAUGUGCCUUAAUGUUAUCACUACAGGCAGCAGAACUGUUCUUUGCAAUACUGUUCGUAUUCACGCUGUGUCGGCCGCCUUCCUACGAUUAAUUCCUCAUGACCAUCGUGACAAAACUGCCAAACGUUCUUGUGACCGAUUUCCGCCCAGAUUGUCUCUGG